AUGGAUGUGAUGAUGGCGAUGAAGCGGCUGCCGAUCAUCAUCAGCUGCCUGACGAUCUUAUUGGUCGCGUUCGCCCCGGCGGCGGCGGAGGCGACGGCCCCCGCCAGCACGGUGGUCGCCGGCAUGGUGUUCUGCGACCAGUGCAAGGACGGCGCCCGGGGCCUCUUCGAUUACCCGCUCUACGGCGCCCGCGUCGCCAUCCAGUGCGGCGGCGGCGACACCCCGCUCACAGUGCGCGAGAGCAACACCAACUGGUUCGGCGGCUUCUCCAUCCGCAUGGAGGGCUCCCCGGACAUGAACCGCUGCACCGCCCGCGUCGUCCAGGGCACGGGACACUGCGGCGCCGCCACCGCAGGUGCGCCGAGGGAGCUCACCCUCGCCUUCAGGAUGCUCGGCCUCGCGCUCUACACCGUGCCGCCGCUGCUCUCGCAGCCAGAGGAGGCCAUGGACUUUUGCCCGGGACGCGACAGGCGCAGGCCGCCUCCUGCAGCCGCGCGUUGGCCGGCGGCUGCCCCAGCGCCCGCUCCUCCGCUCGCGCCCUUCUGGCGCAGGAGGCGCCUGCCGCCCAUCUGGCGCAAGCCGCCAACGUUGCCGCAGCAAGACCAGCCGGAGCCGCCACACGUGCCUCCGCCGCCGCCUCCUCCGGCGCCAGCGCAGGGAUCGGCCUGCACCUACGAGCAGUGGGCGUCGCCGGAGCACCGCUGCCACUGGAAGGUGGUGACCCCCAACACGACGGUGGCCAUGGCGUUCGGGCCCCUGGCGGCUCAGCGCUACGGCUCGGAGCUGACGCUGCGGGACGCGCUGGAGGGGCGCGGCGACAUGUACCGCACGCUGCUCCGGGAGGCCACGGCGGCGCUGCUCAACGCCUACUACAACGCCCCCGGCGGGCCGUUCCUGUACCCGACCACGGCCAGCGUCAUCGACCACAUGAACGGCGCGCUGCUCAGCUCCACGCAGAGGGUCCUCAUCGAGGGGGCGCGCUUCCGCAGGGCCAACGCCGGCGGCGGAGGGCCGGCCGGACGGACAAGGCUGCCGUGCGACUUCACGCCCUGUGCGGCGCCGCCUCCCGCGGCCAGGAGCUAG